CGACCCUCCAAAAUGCGUUACUACAGAUCAAAAUACCCAGAGGUAGACGACCUCGUCAUGGUACAAGUACGCUCCAUAGCAGAGAUGGGAGCAUACGUAAACCUACUCGAGUACGAUAACAUAGAGGGCAUGAUCCUACUUUCAGAACUGUCAAGGCGGAGGAUAAGGAGUAUACAGAAACUUAUCAGGGUGGGGAGGAACGAGGUCGUCGUCGUACUCCGUGUUGAUAAGGAGAAGGGCUACAUCGACCUCUCCAAACGGCGUGUCUCUGCAGAAGACGUGCUCAAAUGCGAAGAACGGUUCAACAAAUCCAAAACCGUACACAGCAUAAUGCGCAACGUAGGCGAAAAGCUCCAUGUCGACCUCGAGCUGCUGUACGAGCAGAUCGUAUGGCCUUUAGGGGACAAGUAUGGGCAUCCGUACGAUGCGUUCAAGUUGGCUGUCACGGAAGGAGACGCAGUCUUUGAAGGCAUCUCCGCUCCUCCCAGUACGAUCUCCGAAGUGCGCGCCAACAUCGGACGCCGGCUUACCCCCCAGCCCGUCAAGAUCCGUGCAGAUAUCGAAGUCACAUGUUUCGGGUACGACGGGAUCGACGCGAUCAAGUGUGCUCUCAAAGCCGGAGAGACACUUUCCACGCCCGAAAUACCUAUCAAGGUCAAGCUCGUCGCUCCCCCGCUCUAUGUACUGCUUACGAACAGCACGGACAAGCUGGGAGGGGUAGAGGCGCUCGAGAAGGCUAUAGACGUGAUUGGGAGUAGGAUCACAAAGGAAGGUGGGGAGAUCAAUAUUAAGAUGAAACCUAAGGCGGUGUCGGAGACGGAGGAUAUGGAGUUGGCGGCGCUGAUGGCUAAGGUUGGGCAGGAGAAUGCGGAGGUGUCGGGUGAUGAGGCGGAGGAGAGUGGGGAUGAGUAGGAGUAGGAGCGAUUGAUGUGUGUAGGAAU